UCAGGUCACAGCAGGAGGCAUGGAGCUCAUAACGUCUGUGAGGGUUUUGUGGAUCUGUCUGCUGCUGGUCGGCAGUGGGGAGGGUUUUCCUGCAACAAAAGGAGGAUCUGAAGCUCCAAAUGAGGAUCCUCAGAGUUACAAACCAGACAAGUUCAUCAUGCCUUCAGAUUCAAACCAAGGGUCCGUCAACCUCACUGCUCCACCCACUGAAGCUGGGGAUCAGCCUCCAUCCAGAGAGGAUACAGAUUUGGGAGUAUCGUCGUCCAGUUUGGUCCACAGCGUUUCUCCUGCUUGGAACAAUCCUCCAAUGUUGGACUUUGGUGACGGACCCGUUCCUUACAUCGGGGGUCCUGAAGCGUACCACUUUGGUCCCGGGUCUUUCCCUUUCGGCACCAUUGAGUCUGUGCAAAAAGGCAUUGCAGAAAGUACCGCAGCAGCAACAGGUGGACGUGUUGAUGGACCUGUUCCCUAUGAUGGUGCGAAUCAAUACUCCAACGUAGGCUACCCCGUGACAAAUGAAGGUCAGACUGGUCUCUAUGAUGGACCUGUUCCCAAUGGCGCUGCUACUCGUUAUGCCAACGCAAAACCUGUGUCAAAAGACUUUUCCCCCCGUGGACGUGUUGAUGGACCUGUUCCCUAUGACGAUGAUACUCGAUACGCCAACGCAGCCCCGAUAAAUGCCGGUCAAACUGGAAGUAACCCAGCUGCCCCAGGUGGACUCGAUGAUAGACCUGAUCCCAAUGGUGGUGCAAAACCUGUGUCAAUAAACGUUGCCCCCAGUGGACUUGUUGAUGGACCUGUUCCCUUUGGCAGUGAUACUCAAGACCCCAACGCAGGCUACCCUGUGACAAAUAAAGGUCAAACUGGUAGGAGCACAGCUAAUGGACCGGUUCCCUAUGGAAGUUCUUCUCAAUACACAAACGCAGACCCGACAAAAGACGGUCAGUCUGGUAACCCAGGAUCUGUUCCCAGUGGCGCUGCUCCUGAAGUGAUCUCCUAUGGUUAUGGCGGUUAUCCUUUAGGCAACAUGGACGAAAGUAACACCACUGCCUCAGAACGUGUUGAUGGACCUGUUUCCUAUGGCGGUGCUACUCGUCAUACAAAUGCUAACCCAGUGAAAAAAGAUAGUCAGUCUGGUAACCUAGGAUCCAUUCCCAGUGGCGUUGCUCCUGAAGUGAUCUCCGAUGGUUAUGUAUUUUAUCCUUUUGGCAACAUGGACGUUGCAGACCGUAACACCGCUGCCUCAGGACGUGUUGAUGGACCUGUUCCCUUCGGCGGUGAUACUCGUUAUGCCAACGCAGCCCCGAUAAAUGCCGGUCAAACUGGAAGUAACCCAGCUUCCCUAGGUGGACUCGAUGAUAGACCUGAUCCCAAUGGUGGUGCAAAACCUGUGUCAAUAAACGUUGCCCCCAGUGGACUUGUUGAUGGACCUGUUCCCUUUGGCGGUGAUACUCAAGACCCCAACGCAGGCUACCCUGUGACAAAUAAAGGUCAAACUGGUAGGAGCACAGCUAAUGGACCGGUUCCCUAUGGAAGUGCUUCUCAAUACACAAACGCAGACCCGACAAAAGACAGUCAGUCUGGUAACCCAGGAUCUGUUCCCAGUGGCGCUGCUCCUGAAGUGAUCUCCUAUGGUUAUGGCGGUUAUCCUUUAGGCAACAUGGACGAAAGUAACACCACUGCCUCAGAACGUGUUGAUGGACCUGUUUCCUAUGGCGGUGCUACUCGUCAUACAAAUGCUAACCCAGUGAAAAAAGAUAGUCAGUCUGGUAACCUAGGAUCCAUUCCCAGUGGCGUUGCUCCUGAAGUGAUCUCCGAUGGUUAUGUAUUUUAUCCUUUUGGCAACAUGGACGUUGCAGACCGUAACACCGCUGCCUCAGGACGUGUUGAUGGACCUGUUCCCUUCGGCGGUGAUACUCAUUAUGCCAACGCAGCCCCGAUAAAUGCCGGUCAAACUGGAAGUAACCCAGCUGCCCCAGGUGGACUCGAUGAUAGACCUGAUCCCAAUGGUGGUGCAAAACCUGUGUCAAUAAACGUUGCCCCCAGUGGACUUGUUGAUGGACCUGUUCCCUUUGGCGGUGAUACUCGAUACCCCAACGCAGGCUACCCUGUGACAAAUAAAGGUCAAACUGGUAGGAGCACAGCUGAUGGACCGGUUCCCUAUGGAAGUGCUUCUCAUUACACAAACGCAGACCCGACAAAAGACGGUCAGUCUGGUAACCCAGGAUCUGUUCCCAGUGGCGCUGCUCCUGAAGUGAUCUCCUAUGGUUAUGGCGGUUAUCCUUUAGGCAACAUGGACGAAAGUAACACCACUGCCUCAGAACGUGUUGAUGGACCUGUUUCCUAUGGCGGUGCUACUCGUCAUACAAAUGCUAACCCAGUGAAAAAAGAUAGUCAGUCUGGUAACCUAGGAUCCAUUCCCAGUGGCGUUGCUCCUGAAGUGAUCUCCGAUGGUUAUGUAUUUUAUCCUUUUGGCAACAUGGACGUUGCAGACCGUAACACCGCUGCCUCAGGACGUGUUGAUGGACCUGUUCCCUUCGGCGGUGAUACUCGUUAUGCCAACGCAGCCCCGAUAAAUGCCGGUCAAACUGGAAGUAACCCAGCUUCCCUAGGUGGACUCGAUGAUAGACCUGAUCCCAAUGGUGGUGCAAAACCUGUGUCAAUAAACGUUGCCCCCAGUGGACUUGUUGAUGGACCUGUUCCCUUUGGCGGUGAUGCUCAAGACCCCAACGCAGGCUACCCUGUGACAAAUAAAGGUCAAACUGGUAGGAGCACAGCUAAUGGACCGGUUCCCUAUGGAAGUGCUUCUCAAUACACAAACGCAGACCCGACAAAAGACGGUCAGUCUGGUAACCCAGGAUCUGUUCCCAGUGGCGCUGCUCCUGAAGUGAUCUCCUAUGGUUAUGGCGGUUAUCCUUUAGGCAACAUGGACGAAAGUAACACCACUGCCUCAGGACGUGUUGAUGGACCUGUUCCCUAUGGCGGUGCUACUCGUCAUACAAAUGCAAACCCAGUGAAAAAAGAUAGUCAGUCUGGUAACCUAGGAUCCAUUCCCAGUGGCGUUGCUCCUGAAGUGAUCUCCGAUGGUUAUGUAUUUUAUCCUUUUGGCAACAUGGACGUUGCAGACCGUAACACCGCUGCCUCAGGACGUGUUGAUGGACCUGUUCCCUUCGGCGGUGAUACUCGUUAUGCCAACGCAGCCCCGAUAAAUGCCGGUCAAACUGGAAGUAACCCAGCUGCCCCAGGUGGACUCGAUGAUAGACCUGAUCCCAAUGGUGGUGCAAAACCUGUGUCAUUAAACGUUGCCCCCAGUGGACUUGUUAAUGGACCUGUUCCCUUUGGCGGUGAUACUCAAGACCCCAACGCAGGCUACCCUGUGACAAAUAAAGGUCAAACUGGUAGGAGCACAGCUGAUGGACCGGUUCCCUAUGGAAGUGCUUCUCAUUACACAAACGCAGACCCGACAAAAGACAGUCAGUCUGGUAACCUAGGAUCCAUUCCCAGUGGCGUUGCUCCUGAAGUGAUCUCCUAUGGUUAUGGAUUUUAUCCUUUUGGCAACGUGGACGUUGCAGACCGUAACACCCCUGCCUCAGGACGUGUUGAUGGACCUGUUCCCUUCGGCGAUACUCGUUAUGCCAACGCAGCCCCGAUAAAUGCAGGUCAAACUGGAAGUAACCCAGCUGCCCCAGGUGGACUCGAUGAUGGACCUGAUCCCUAUGGUGGUGCAAAACCUGUGUCAAUAAACGUUGCCCCCAGUGGACGUGUUGAUGGACCUGUUCCCUUUGAUGCUACUCAAUACGUUAAAACGGGGUACGCCAUUACAAAUGAAGGUCAGACUGGUCUCUAUGAUGGACCUGUUCCCUAUGACGGUGCGACUCGUUAUGCCAACGCAAAACCUGUGUCAAAAGACAGUCAGUCUGGUAACCCAGGAUCUGUUCCCAGUGGCGUUGCUCCUGAAGUGGUCUCUUAUGGUUAUGGAGGUUAUCCUUUUGCCAACAUGGACGUUGUGCCCCGUGGACGUGUUGAUGGACUUUUUCCCUUUGGCGGUAAUACUCGUUAUGCCAACGCAGCUCCGAUAAAUGGCGGUCAAACUAGAAGUAACCGAGGUGGACUCUAUGAUGGAACUGUUCCCUUGGGCGGUGCGCCUCAUUACUCCAACGUAGGCUACCCUGUUACAAAUAAGGAUCAAACCAGUAUUAACACAGCUGAUGGACCUGUUAGCUACGAACCGACGGAUCCUGUGGUAUUUCCCUGGGCAAAAACCUCGUUCAUGAAACCGAACAACUGGAGGCCACCUUUCUGGGGUUUCGCCCAAUGGGAACCAAUCACGGAGACCCCGGUGAGCGAUAAGUCGCCUCCGCUGUCUUCGUCCUACAUAGUCCAGUCCAGAAACAGCUACCAGCGGGAAAAGGAAGUCCUCUCUCACUCCAGUUUCUCCCCAGAGUCAGAGGUCUUCGAAGCACCGAGGAGAAGGAAGACACCGGGGGGUCUUUCCAUCGCAGGGACCAAUGUCUUCUGAGGCGAACUCUGACUGUUUCCUGGAAAAGUAUCAAUAAAAACACUUCUGAUCAUAA